CUGCUACUUCUCACAUCCAGCGCAUCUCACCGUCCCGUACCAUUGGCGUCGCCGCACAUCGCCGCAGGUGCGAUACCGUGCCCCGAACCACGCGACCCCGACCCUCCCCCACCCUUGUCCCUGCUCCACAGAUCUAACUCCUCUUUCUUUCUUCUUUCUCUGGUGGCGAGCUCCUUGUGCGGGCGGCAUGGUUGUCACCGACGAGCUCCUUGGGGUGGACUCCAUGUAGCAUGAACGGGGGGUCGACGCCGUCGAGCUCCUUGGGCCAGCACCAUGGUCGUCCACCACUUUCCUUCUCGUCCUCCUCCGGCCACGGUCAUGGCGUACUCGCAGCUCCACGGCAACACGGCCGUGCUACAACCAGUGAUCGGCCAUGCUACAACCGACGACUGGAUGUGUUACAAGGGAGGCGACGGUGAUUUGUGGCGGCGACGUCGGUGCUGCGAUUUUGCUGGAGCCGGCACCAGGAAAGAUACCACCAGCGACGGAUUUGCUACAACCAGUGGGGGUCAUCCCACGGCGGUGGUGACCACGGCCCGACGGUGGUGCUGCAACCAUUGUAAGCUACGCGGUUGUACCAUUUUGAUUCUGCAACCGACGACGAGGAUGGCCGGCUGCCAUCGGAGCUGCGGCCGCCGCACCAGAGCUGCGGCCAUCUCCAUGGGGAGCUGCAACCGUGGGAGCAGGCUGCUGCAUGCAUGAAGCCGGCGACGACAACCGACAGCGACGACGGUGAUCAGCGGUGAGGGCGACGACGGCUACCGGCGACGAGCGCAACAACGACCAGAGAACAUGUGAGUUGUGCUUCGAGGCCGAGGGCAUCGCGCAAUGUUGGUUUGACUUUUCGGUUUGUAUCUAUGCGGGCGAGUGGUGAACGAGGACGAAGAUUAGGUUGUAAUCGAACGGUUGUUUGCAGGCAUAUCGGACGGCUCCGGACAGACCGGCCCAAACAUGGGCCGGUGCACCGGCGCAGAUUAGUGCCCAUACUAUUUGGGGCUUUAUGUGCCAUUCUUAGUACUUCCACAAACCAGCACACCCCCCUCAAUCGCUUCAUUCAUUUAAAGGUUAUCCUUCUUAUUUUUUGGGAAGCUUCCUUCUGGCCCGGUUUUGGAAGCUUGUGAGCCGUAUGUUUUCAUUUCUAUUGUUUUAUCCGGGUUUUUUUAGUUUGUACUUUUUUGUAUUCCUUUUUCUGUUGUCUUUUUCAGAUUUAUUUCUUUUCCCUUUUCAUAUACAUGAACUUUUUUCAAAUUCGAAAAUUUCUUGAAAUUCAUGAACGUUUUCCCUUAACUUUUCUCCAAUUCAUAAACCUUUUUUAUUUUUUGUGAAUGUUUUCUUUGAAUUCAUGAACCUUUUUAAAGUUUGUUACCUUUCCCACUCAAAUACUUGAACUUUUUUCAAAAGCAUGAUUUUUUUUAAAUACAUUAGCUUUUUCUUAGUUUUUGUGCACUUUUUUCAAAUUAGCGAAUUUUUUUAGAAUCAUUAACUUUUAAGAUCAAUGAACUUUUUGGUGGGUUUUUUUCAUUAACUUUUUUCAAUUUCAUGCACCUUUUUUUAUAUAUUUUUUGUGAACUUUUCUGAUAAGUCAACGGUCGGCAGCUGUCGGUCAAAUGGGAACCGACCAAACCGAGUGAAUCAGAACAAUAAAAAACCGAGCGACCGAGUUCUCCUAGCAGCGUUCGCAACUUCUAAUUUGGGUCGGCCCAUGAGGGUACGUGUGUGAGCGCCAGAUCUCUUUGACCGAUGCAGAAGGCGCGGAUUAGGAGCACUCCUUGAAUUGACCAUACACUCACUGGGAAGGAUUAAUUUAUUGGUACUAGGUUAUAAGGUAUCCUCUCAGUACGAGAUAGGUGAUGUGCUUGUGACACAAAGGGGAAUUUGUCUAGUGCGAGAGCAGCACAUUGCAGACUGACGUUUGUGGUGCCAAUGUCUGACCCUGAUGAGUUUGGGUCACAUCGGCGGUUCCUUACCGAAAUCUGUGAUAUUUCUCUGUCGUCUCUAUAAUUUUUUAUUGUUUCAUGUCAAUAUUAUAUAACUUCCAUAUAUUUUUGUCAACAUUUUAAUAUAAUUUAUUGGACUAAUCUAAUCAACACCAACUCUCUCCCUCUCUAUGCAGCGGUGUAACCUCCCUUCUCCCUACUGUAAUCUCUACUUAAACAUGGUGCUCAACUCCAUAUAUUAUUUCUGAAUGAUAUUUGGCUAUCCUAUGAUGUUUGAGUAGAUCCAUUUUGUCAUAUGGGUUGAUAGAUGAUCAUGAUUGGUAUGAGUUGUAUAUUUUUUUGUGCUGUCCUACAGUGCCCUCUGUGUUGCGCAAACAGAGGGAUCCCCGCUGUAGGGUGUUGCAAUACGUUCAUGGUUUGCUUAUGGUGGGUGGCGUGAGUGACAUAAGCACAUAUUCGAGUUUGAAGGUCAUUGCAUAUGGAAUAAAGAGGACUUGAUACUUAAUGCUAUGGUUGGGUUUCACGACCUUCAUGAUCUUUAGUAGUUGCGGAUGCUUGCUAGAGUUCCAAUCAUAAGU